AGCAUAGUUAUGCCUUGCGUCUUAUAAAAGGAUGUAAUGAAAUUAUAAAAUACUUUAAAAAAUCACAUCAACCAAAUGCAUAUCUGCAGCAAGCGAUUUAUGAAUUAAAUAUUUCUGGUGGCGGAUUAAGAAAAUUUAUAGACACAAG